AGUGCAGUGCCAGUAACUGUGAGCGCAACAGCGUAGCGCAUCCGACGGGCUACGCUGCUCUGAUAAGUCCCCAAAAAAACUAGAGGAUUUUUAACAAUGUUACUGUAGAUGAAACGGUUUUGCUGUUUUGGACAUUUCCACGCGAUUAGCCUGCGUUAUUGAUUGAAUUUUGUAAUUUUGCUCCAAUUGGAUGUUGGAUGGGACAACUGGAAAGCAGCCGGUGAAACGUGAGGCCAUUAAUUUCGGAAUCCAUUCGGUGUAGACGAUGAAGAAGAAAACGAUGAAGCUACCGUGGACGAUAGCGAUCCUGUCGUGCGUGCUGAUACCGCCCUGUAUAUCUAAUUCGCACCGAGGCCGCCACCAUUCGCCGGAGCCGCACGCCGAGGCCUACCACAUAUCCCGCGACCACUUCGACCCCCACCGGGACUCGGAGGAAUUCAGGCGGGACGCCACCGACGACAAGAGAGACUUCAACAAGAAGGACUCCACCGACGACGAUCCUUUGAUCAUCCAGACGAAAAAGGGAAAGAUUCGCGGCAUGACCGUCACCGCGGUCACCGGCAAGAAAGUGGACGCCUGGAUGAGCAUUCCGUACGCCCAAAAACCGAUCGGCAACUUGCGGUUCCGGCAUCCGCGACCGAUGGAGAAAUGGGACGGCGUGCUGAACGCGACGGAGCAAUCGAACUCUUGCGUGCAAAUCAUCGAUACGGUAUUCGGGACGUUCGAAGGCGCCAACAUCUGGAACCCCAACACGCCGCUGAGCGAGGACUGUCUCUAUUUGAACGUGGUGGUGCCGCGACCGCGACCGACCAACGCGGCGGUGCUGGUGUGGGUGUUCGGCGGCGGUUUCUACUCCGGCACGAACACGCUCGAAUUGUACGAUCACAACAUCAUAGUGUCCGAGGAGAACAUCAUACUGUGCUCGAUGCAGUACCGCGUCGCCUCGCUGGGUUUCCUGUACUUCGGCACGCCGGACGUGCCCGGCAACGCCGGCAUGUUCGAUCAGAUGAUGGCGUUGCAGUGGAUCAAAGACAACAUCGCCGCCUUCGGUGGGAAUCCUAAUAAUAUUACGUUGUUCGGCGAAUCCGCGGGGGCCGUGUCAGUUUCGUUGCAUUUGCUGUCGCCGCUAUCCAGAAACUUGUUCUCGCAGGCCAUAAUGCAGAGCGGCGGGCCGACCGCUCCGUGGGCCAUGAUCUCCCGAGAGGAGAGCAUCUUAAGAGGAUUAAGACUAGCGGAGGCGCUUUCGUGCCCGCACGAUCGGUCUGAUCUAAACGCGGUCAUCGACUGUCUGAGAAAAGUCGAUCCCGUCGAAAUGGUGAACAACGAAUGGGGCACGCUCGGCAUAUGCGAGUUCCCCUUCGUGCCCGUUGUCGACGGCUCCUUCCUCGACGAGCACCCCGUCAAGGCUCUUGCCAACAAAAACUUCAAAAAAACCAACAUACUGCUCGGCUCCAACACUGAGGAAGGUAACUAUUUUAUCAUCUACUAUUUGACUGAAUUGUUCCGCAACGAAGAAAACGUCUACGUCAAUAGGCAGGAAUUCCUGCGAGCCGUCACCGAGCUCAAUCCUUACGUGAACGCCGUCGGAAGACAGGCGAUCAUCUUCGAGUACACCGAUUGGCUCAAUCCGGAGGACUCUGUCAGUAACAGAGACGCCCUCGACAAAAUGGUGGGAGAUUAUCAUUUCACGUGCGGUGUUAACGAAUUGGCCCAGCGAUACGCUGAAACCGGAAACAAUGUUUAUAUGUAUUACUAUUCCCACAGGAGCGUCGCCAAUCCUUGGCCAUCUUGGACAGGCGUGAUGCACGGCGACGAGAUAAACUACAUAUUCGGUGAGCCGUUGAACCCCUCGAAGAGUUACACGGCCCAAGAGGUGGAUCUGAGCAAGAGGAUAAUGCGCUAUUGGGCGAACUUCGCCAAGACGGGCAACCCGAGUCUGAGCCCCAACGGGGUCUGGACGCCGACCUUCUGGCCCUUGCACACGGCCUACGGCAGGGAAUAUCUGACGAUAGAGAUCAAUUCGACGACGGGCAGAGGCCCGAGGCUCAAGCAGUGCGCCUUCUGGCAGAAAUACCUGCCGCAAUUGCAGCAGAUGACUGCUGACCUGCAGAAAUCGCAGUCGAAUAAGGAUUGCACCAAUUUAGGAAUAUCGAUAUUUAGUUCCCGGUUCCUAACUGCGUUCUUCCUGCUGUUGGUGUCGAUAAAGUCGAUGUGGGAACCGUUCCAAUAAACUAGCAGCUUCGAAUCACCGUCAGUUUUUUAGAAACCAAAUACCAAAAAAAAAACGUUACAAAACUCACUUGUAUGGAAACAAUUCAAUGGUAUAGAAUUCCGCUUAUCGCUAAACCUAGAGUCAAUAUAUUUGGUAGAAAACGAAAAUGUCUGAAAGGGUAAACGCAUCGUUGAAAAAUCGUCGCCUGACGAGGUUGUAUCGGCGUGAAAACGCAGAUUUUUUAACAGAGAGGUGUCACGAUUGGAUAUAGGAACAAAAAUCAGCGCGAUUUUGAUAACCGAUUUGACUUUAUUUUUUUGAUAUUAUAGGUUGGUUUGGUAUAGCAGACUGUUUGCCAGUUUGACGCGUUUUUACGACGUAAAGUAGGCGGUAAAAUAUAACUUAUUGGUUAUCGGUUACUAUUUGUUUCGAAUUUAAAGUAAAAUAUGAAUACAAAAAAUUAUGACAAUCCCGUAUUUUCCGUUUGGUUUAAACACAACAGCCAAAAGCCCACCAACCUGGACCCCCUAGUUCUGCUACUUAUCUUUGCUGCCUUAUACCCAUUAAAAAUAGUACGACAAAUAUUUAUAAAUCUUCGAUUUUUUUUUUGAAAAGCAGUAUCGUUCAGUCAAAGAAAUAAUUAUUUUCAAUAACAUUUUUCCUGGACUUGUUAGUAGAAAAAUUAUAUUUACUUUAAUCUUGAGACGAUAACAUGUGCAGACAAUUGUGUAACUUUAAUAAUAGAAGAAAAAGUAGAUCACUUAAGUGAUAAAUUUAAUCGAUUAAUAAAUGUCAAGUAUUUUCGUAUCGGUUACACAACAGUUAUAAUAUGUAUUUUUAUUGACUGAAUGAUUUUGCAAGAAAGUUUUAAUCUAAACCUAGUGUACAUAAUAGUGUAUAGUACUCUAGUGCCUCCGCAUCUAUUCUAGUUUAGCGUAUUCUCAACGAAUAUCCCCAAAAAACUCUACUUACUUCAAAUCUA